AUGUUGCCGCAGGGACCGCCCGGGACUCUCAACAGGACAGCUGCAAAGCUGCAGGAGCUCAGCCUAGCUGCGAACCUGCUGCCCAGCUGGAAUGAGGUUUCCAGGCUGGCUGAGGAGCUGCCUUCGCUAUGCAGCCUGGACCUCAGCUGGAAUCGCAUGGCCUUCCCUUCGGCAUCCACAGACAGUCCUGCGUUCGCAGCUCUGCGCCUGCUUGUACUCAACUUCUGCUGCCUUGCUUGGGAACAGGUCCAAAGCAUUGAAAAGGCACUGCCAGCACUUGAGGAGCUGUGUCUUUGUGGGAACGGCAUUGAGAAAAUUGAGAACAGCAUCCAUGGGUUUCAAAUGCUCAAGGUACUGAAGCUGAGGUCAACUUCACUGGCAGGGUCAGAAUUCAAGCAGCUGGAUUGUUUGCUGCUCGGCAACAACAAGCUCAACAGCUGGCAGUCAAUCGACGCGCUGGCACAUUUUGAGCGUCUGAAAGAGGUGAUAGCCAGACUGCCUCAUCUGACCACCCUCAAUGCCAGUACUAUAUCACCAUAUGAACGGAAGGAAUCAGAGCUGCGAUACAUGAGGGCCAUCCUGGGGGAGCUGCAUGGACUAUCCAGCGAUCUUGAUGCACAGACCAAGCUGAAUGCCAUGCACCCGCGCCUGACAAAGCUGCAAGCAAAGUAUGGGGAUACAGGCGCGCCAGCAGUUGCUGCAGCGUCUGCCCCAAGUGCCCUGUCCAGCAACAUGCUGCAGCUGAGGCUCACCUGCACAGCCAGCAACAGUACUUCCGUGACUAAGAAGCUGCCCAGGAAUAUGAACUUGAGGAAGUUGAAGCAACUGUGCGAGCGGCUUUUCAAGCUGCCAGCCCAGCAUCAGGCUCUCAGCGCGAGGGGCCCUACUGGAGAUGGCAUGCUCAGAAGCUUAGGGAUCGAUGACGAGGCAAUCCUGGGAAGCUUUGAUCUAGAGGAUGGGACAGAGCUGCUUGUGGCAGAGCUGGAUGUGAAAGCAGUCGAGCGAGAAGCAGCAGAACAGCGUGCUGCUCUUUGUGCUGAGCACGAGCAGCGCCUCACUCAUCAGGCAAAGGGCAUGGAAUUGCUGACAGCAGCGCGAGAUGAGCGGCUUGUAGGCACAUUGAGACCAAGCUUGAUUUAGAACCGCGUGUACCUGUAAAGUCAGCAUCAUGAUCAGUGUGUUUGAAAUAGAUCUGAGUUUGUCAGAGUUUGUGUACUCAACAUAUGUCUUAUUGCUAUUGCCUGCCAGUGGCAUGCAUGUCAGGGCGCACAGGCAUGGUCUUCCGGAGGAAUGGAUAAUGCAGCAUGGGUGUGAUUGCAUCAGUGCACCUGGUCUAUAAUCAGGAUGGAUUGAUUC